UAAAAACAUAUGAAUGAAAUCCAUAUAGUUUUUGAAAAAAAUAAAAAGGACCGUUACUUUAUUGACAGACCUCGUAUAUAAUAUGUCUGAAAGUCGGUUUGCUUUUAUUAAAUUUCACGCAGAUUAAACUUAACAGAUACAGAUUAUUUGUUAGAAUUGUUUUAGCAAGUUUUCAGGGUAUCAUGCAGCAGUCUCUUAUUAACGUGAUGAAAAGCAUAACAAAUUACAUUUUUGUUGUAUAACAUUCAUUUACAACUGUCAUCAUGUGGAUUCUCUAUGUUGUUUGACUGCAGCGACUCUCUGGUGCGCAAGGGAUUAUGGGAUACGUCAAUAGGGCGAAUUAAUAAAGUUUAAGCUGAAAUUGUGUGAUGAUUUCUUUAUUUUUUAACUGCACCCCCUCAAAUUAUUGCUCAGAAACUCUCAGCAAGUAAUAAAAAUCAUUUUAUUUCCGUAGUGCUGAUAGGAAAUGUUUUCCUCAGUUAUCCUAUAUGACAAGAGUACAGGUAGGUGUUCUCUCUCUGUCUCUCUGUCUCUUUCUCUCUCUGUCUCUCUCUCUCUCUCUGUCCGUCUCUAUUUCAGUGGAACCUUUCAGAUGUAGGUGUGUUGUUUUCCUACUAUGUGGCAUUUGAUUUGUUUGCUAAGUUUUUAUUUCUUUGUUUGCAAAGUGACAGGAUGACCGCCAUUAUUUCCUGCAGUAACGAGUUCAACAAGAAUAACCAAUGAUGAUGACAAACUCCAAUAAACCAUUGUAUUUGGCAAAGACAGCUGCUUUUGGGCUUAUCUGCUGUAUUCUUUGUUUUUUUUUUUACUUUGAGCAGCAGACUCCUGACUGUAAAUCCACAUUCGUCAAAAAGGACGAUGAAGCUGAAUUCACAGAUCCACCAGAAAAGCCAACUAUUCUGAUUUGGUGGUGGCCUCUUGGUGUGAAGUUUGAUUUUAAAAUUUGUUCGACCUACUUCCACAUCGACAGCUGCAUUCUGACAGAUAACAGAUCCCUGUACCACAAAGCGGCGGGGGUCAUUUUCUAUCACAAACAUAUAGGCUGGGAUUUGAAAAACUUGCCUCAGGAUCCGCGUCCAUCUUUCCAGAAGUGGAUUUGGUAUAAUGUGGAAUCGCCAAAGAACACGGCGAGAAAGCCAGUGGAUAACAUUUUCAACUUAACUCUAAGCUACACAAGGGACGCCGACAUCACGGUGAGGAACGAACUGACAGUCAGACAAUCAGAGACAAAUGAAACCUUUGUUCUGCCUAAAAAAGACAAACUGGUGUGUUGGAUUGUGAGUAAUAAAGCUCAUUUUACUGGGACGGCUACAAGAGAAAACUACUACCAUGAACUGUCCAAACAUGUUAAUGUUACGGUCUAUGGCGCUGCUUUUGGAGGGGGGUUUUUGAGUUAUGAUCACUAUUACUUGACCAUUGCUUCCUGUAAGUUUUACCUCUCGUUUGAGAACUCGCUGCACAAAGACUACAUCACAGAGAAGAUCAACGGACCGCUAGUAGCAGGGACAGUACCUGUAGUUUUGGGGCCACCAAGAGAAAACUAUGAGCAGUUCUACCCCUCUGAUUCAUUCAUUCAUGUAAAUGAUUUCCCUGAUGCAAAGUCACUGGCAGAUUAUCUGAUCCAUUUGGACAAGAACAACGAGAUGUACAUGAGCUACUUUGAAUGGAGGAAAUACUACACAGCCACCCCUCAUCUCCUGUCAACACAAAAUGAGUUCAUUCAUCCCAUCUGCCUCGCCUGUGACCAUAUAGCACGGGACCCCACAGUCCAUGUAGUUCAGGAGCUAAAUAGGUGGUAUUUUUCAUGAUACAUUAAAAAAAAAAAAAAAAAUACAACAUGGAUUUCCAUCUUGUUUAAAUGGAUCUGUCCCCUAUUAAAACAGCAGUGGGUAGCAUAUACGUAGCUAUGGCACCUCAUAAA